UACCCGAUGCGGCCUAGCGUCCCUUCGGCAUCUUCUGUUUCUCUCGUCGACUUCGCUUCGUCUCCUCUUGUCUCGCCUCGGCCUGUUUCAUCCGUCUCUUCCUUUCAAAUUAUUUUCAUCGAGCCGGGCAUAUCAUUCAACUGCGAAGUCUCGAGUAGACUACGCGUCCGUCCCCAUGCGGACUUUUUUCUAAUUCUUCUGUUCCGGCUCCGCUCGUUUGAUCCGCUCCCCCCACGCGCUGUACACCACCGCAACUUCUACGACUCCUUUGUCGCCCCAACCAGCUCCUCGCUCGACCUCUACUAACUCUCACGUCCACAACAUGCCUCACGCCACGGAAACCGGGGCGGCCGACGCCGAAGAUGCCGACUUCGAAAAUGUCAUGCGACAGAUGAACGGCCCCCUCGAGGGCGGCAUGUCCUUGGAUUUCUUAAACAGAGACUUGGAACCUGGCGAGAAGGCAGAUGAUGCUAUCGAUUACGAAGAUUUUGACGACGACGAUCUACCCGAAGAGGAGGAAAGAGCCCAAAGAAUGGCGGAAAACGGAGUUGCAGACACCGAUGACCUCGAUAAAGAUUUGUUUGAAGCGGAGGACGAUGAUCUAUUCGGAGGCCCGGCUGAUGACGAGCCGCUUCAACAAGACCAGCCACAAGAGCCAGCUGCGGAUGAAUUUGACGACCUGUUUGGUGACGGGCCCUCCUCGCCUGGGCCUGAUCAGGUGGACUCGACGCGCGAUUUGUUUUUCGAGGAAGAGGAAGGCGAGCAACCGCCGCCAGCGCCUCCCGUCGCUACCGAAACACCCACUGCUGAGCCGGAGCGGAUGGACGUGGAGGAAGAUGUCGAGGAGGCUAUGCAAGAUCCUGGUGUCAUGAGUCCCACGGGAGAGGAUAUGGAUCCUGCUGCCCUGCGGGCAUGGAAACUUCAGCAGGCUUUGUUUGCCAUGUCUAACGUUGGCCCCGAUAACCCCCCUGCCCCGCCAGAGAACGUGGAGGAGCUUUUGCAAUCCCUGUUCCCUGGAUUUGAUCGCAAAACCCUCCCUCGCUUCCUAGAAUUGAUCCCUCACAAGAAGGCCUUCUUCCUCGGCAAACAGCCCCCCAAACCCCCGAAGCCGGUACUUCCGACGAAGCUGAACGUUGAAUUGGCGCAGGACCAGGAGAGAAGCUUCAGGUCUGGAGGUCAAGUCUUCAAACGCUCGCUUGAAUCGGAUCAUCUAGGAAUUACGACGAUAGCUGAGGUUGCACAAGAGGAGGAGGAAGAAGAGGCUGGAGAGGAGGAAAUCCGGGAGGAGUUCGAACAAGACACGGAUAUGGAGGAAGCGUUGCCCGGAGGCAUCACCUUGCAUGACCUUCGGGUUGUAAGCACUGACUGGGAUGUCAAGGAUGAUAUCUCCAUCAUGGAUAUUGACGAGCCCGCCCCCAUGGAUACAGGCGAAGACGAGGAGGAUGACUGGCUGAUUGAAAACACUCGCCCGACCAAGAAGCGAAAGAUCGGCAGAGAUGCGACCGAGUUGAUCGCCCUUUCCCAUAUCGACGUGCCUGUGAUGGAUGACCCCUCGCAACUCACGUCGCGAAUUGCUCAAAAGGUCACGAUUGACAUGAAUGAUCCUCAUAUCUUGCUUGAUGAGCGCGGUCCUGAUUCUGCUGCCCAAAAGCCCAAGUCUCUGGGGUCUCUGAAUCGCGAGGACAUGGAUGUGAACGUCACUCGGCGUCUCACCUCUCGCUACAACAUCUCGAACGACCAAGCCUACGACAUGCUCAAGCAGAACCAUCAGAACAAGGUGCGGAGCACCCUGGGCAAUGUUACUCUCGAACACAGUAUGCCAGCCCUUCGCUUGCAAUGGCCAUAUUACAAGACCGAGCUUGCCAAAGCGGAAGCUCGAUCUUUCCACCGGCCGGCCUUGUCUUUCCGAGCUGGCCAGACUUGUUGGUUUAAAAACCCCGUCCACAUCAAACGCAAGCACCAAAAGGGUAAAGACGUCAAGCAAUUAUACAAUUCUACUAAGGCACUGUCAAUGGCGGACAAUUCUCACGUUUUGCUCGUCGAGUACUCGGAAGAGGCACCCCUCAUGCUCUCGAACUUUGGAAUGUCGAAUCGAUUUAUCAAUUAUUAUCGGCGAAAGAGCAUGGAGGAUCCGACUCGCCCUAAGGCAGAAAUUGGCGAAACCGUCGUUCUCCUCCCCCAAGAUAAAAGUCCCUUCUCAAUCUUCGGACACGUUGAUUCAGGGGAGAUCACUCCCGCUGUUUCGAACUCCAUGUAUCGCGCACCCCUCUUCCAACAUCAAGCCAAAUCGACCGAUUUCUUGGUGGUGCGUAGUAGCACCACUGGGGGUGGCAGCAACUACUACCUUCGAAACAUAGAAAACCUCUAUGUUGCCGGCCAGCAAUUCCCGUCCGUGGAUGUGCCUGGACCUCACUCACGAAAGGUCACCACGGUUGCCAAAAACCGUAUGAAAAUGCUUGUUUACCGCCUCUUGAAGAAGAGCCCCGACCUCAGGCUUUCGAUCAGCGACGUUACUGCCCACAUUCCCGGAACAAGCGAUAUGCAGAACCGUCAGAAAGUCAAGGACUUCCUUCAGCAUGAUAAGGAUUCCAAAUACUGGGUUCCCUUGGAGCCGGUCCCGGAGCAGGAUGUGAUUCGCGCCUGGGUUCAACCUGAGGAUGUGUGUUUACUUGAGUCCAUGCAGGUUGGUCAACAACACUUGCAUGACACUGGUUAUGGCAAUGAUGCCGAAACCGGUGGCGACGAUGAUGAUGACGGAGAAGGCGAGAGCUUCGAACAACAGAUGGCUCCGUGGAAAGCAACACGAAACUUCCUUCUUGCGUCACAAGGAAAGGCUAUGCUCAAACUCCACGGCGAAGGUGAUCCUACCGGUCGUGGCGAGGGUUUCAGUUUUAUUAAGACAUCCAUGAAAGGAGGAUUCAAGGCGAUUGGAGAAAGUGUUGAGGAUAAAUUGGACGCGCAACGACUUAAAGAACUGGGUGGACACAGUUACAAUGUGGCUCGGCAGCAAAAAUCAUACGAAACCUCGAUUCGACGAAUCUGGGAUGCCCAGAAAGCUAGCUUGUCGUCUACUGUCGAGCAUUCGGACGCGGAAAGUGAUAUCGAUCGCGAAGACGAGGAGGAGUUCGGCAAACCGACUCCAAGGUCGGAAGCCCCUACUCCAGCUCCCGGUCGUCGAGACGAUGAGACAACCAGUCAAUUUAGUAAGAUGAGUAUGCCAGAUCAGAAAGGCAAGGUCCUCCGGAUUAUUCGAUACUACAAGGACGAAAAGGGGGGUCUGUAUCCCAAAGAAACCCUCAUAUGGGAUCAACGGGUCAUUCGGCACUACAUUCAACAUCGCCAUAGAGCCGAGGCUCUAUCGACCAAGCUUGAUUCCCUUCAACCGACAGGCGACCCAGAGAUUGAUGCCCGCAACAAGAAACUGAUUGAAAACGAACUUAGCCGUCUCAAUCGCAACAAAGAACGCCGAUUCGCGCGUGAAAAGCAAAAGGGUGUUGUCCGAACCUCCGCCGGCGAGUCGCCGGCAGAAGGUGGCUCUGGGGGUGGCAAGUCGGCCGGUACUCAGCGCAAGUGUGCCAACUGUCAUCAAGUCGGUCACAUCAAGACCAACAAGAAACUCUGCCCUCUUCUCAACGGUACCAUGAAACCCGAAGACCGGGUCAGCGAGUCGGCCUUCGCCAUGGGCGCUCCUCCCGCCGUCUAAUAUACUCAAAUCACAGAUCAAUGUCUUAUCUUCUAACGAGCAGUCUUGCUUCGUGGUUUCGAUUUCUCAGUUUUCCAUUCUAAUUGCUUCUUUAUGAUACCCCUGCCGUCGAUGAUAAUUGGAACGUUUUCUUCUACUUUUCUUUCUACACUUUCGAAAUGGGUCCCUAUAUUGCUUCUUUGAGAGAGUACUCCAUGAUCUUAGUAUGCUACUUGCAAGCAGACUUGCCCGGAUGGCGCUGCGAAUUCCUUUCGCGUUUAUAUGGUUUUUGGGGCGAGAAACAUCUAGAAAAAUGAUUUCGUGCUUGCCGCGUCGUUGUGUUUCUCAAGGCUUUUUUGUUUGUCCAUUCGACAUCACUUUUUUAUGGGCUGGCGAUUGUUGCCAUUGUGUUUGAAACUGUUAUCUUGUAAUUAUGAAUGCUAUUUUUUGCGAUGGAUUGGCGUGACUCAAAGGAAUUGACAACAGAAAACAUGGGAACAAAACAAGGAUAGAAUGGUGGUUCAUCCAUCCAAUUCGAGCCAGUAUAACAAAAACCCUAAAACUGGCACCACGCUGGCUCCAUGUCGUAUUUUCAGCCAUUCCCCGGUACCAUCUCCAAGUAAAGAUAAAAACUUAUGAAUAGAUCACCGCUUGAUCUAUGAUCGACGCCACAUAUUGCAGGUUCUCACAUCGUGUCAACACCCAUAUAGUUCGGACAGGACCCCUCGUGGAAGAUAAGGUCGACCUCGAUCAACAGAGAACGCCAUAGCUACAGCUUUUGGCCGACGGUAAGUGUAGCCCAAAAACGCACUUUUCUUGCGCAUUUCAAGCGCAGUCUUUCCGGUCCUUUUGUCUCGCAAAAGUUUGUCGCGAGGCCGGUGCUUUUCCUUGCCUUUCUUGCGGUCCCGUGCAGGCGAAUUUACAUCUGCUUUGAGAUUGUCUUUCUGAUCUGGCGCCGGGCCUCCAUCUCGAUUUAGCGACAGUUGUCCGUCAAACUGACUGGGAUUCGGGCGGACCUCUACCUCAUCCUCCAUAUUAGAUGAGUUGGACGUAUUGCCAUUCUCCUGCGUGUUUCCCCAGUCAUCAAAAUACCUGGUAUCCUCCCAGCCUUUCACUUUGGGGAUGAAAGGGGGAAUCGUGCGAUGGAGUAUAUCCCAAUUAAUAUUUCGGAAAAACGGAUGGGCUUUGAUGUCGGUGGCAUCGUUUGUAUACACAUAGAAACCUCUAUUGUCUUGACCGAAAGCAUCGAUAUUGUAAAAGAGAUACCUCGGUGGCGAUCGUGCAGGAGGUGGAUCAUUUUGGCGGUAGUCGUUGCAGGAUAACCGAAGCUCUUUCUCCUGGAGUAAAGAGUUGAUCAGAUCAACCGCCUCCCCCGUGACAAGUUUGUCGGAAGGACGAUGCAUGGGGAAGCGUAAGGUCUGGAGAUGAUGCUAUUACAUCGUGAGCCACAAGCCCUAGCUGACGCUGUUCGGUAUGGCACCCAUGUACUUACAUGGAUUUUCACUUUGGUCUUCUGGCGGUCAUUUGAAGCAAAGGGCGUAAAUCCAUAGAGACACUGUUCCGAAGAAGUUAAUUAACUGGUACCGAAGAGUAGGGGAGACUGAUGGGCUUACUUCAUAUAAGAUGAUCCCUAUGCUCCACCAGUCGCAUCGACCAUCGUAAGCUUGCCCUCGAAUGAUCUCAGGGGCCAUGUACUGGCUAGUUCCCACAAUGCUUCUUGCCAGUCGACGUGUCUGAUUUCUGUCUCGCCACCUUAGAAGGCCAGAAGAAGGCGUGGUGCAUCCAAGACUAUCUUCAUGUCGGUCUUCUUGUGUACCUGGUGAAGAGCUCGCUGCUUUUUGUGCGUCUUUCUGAUCCUGCGCAUCGCCACAAACCCGAAUCCCUAGCUUUUGAACCAAGGAGUAUCUGUGGUCAUUGUAGUAAAGUUGGUCAUGGGCCCAAUGUCCAUCGAAAGCCAAGCCAAAAUCAGAUAUCUUCAAAUGACCAGAAGCGGAAAUCAGAAAGUUGUCCGGCUUGAUAUCACGAUGGAUCCAUUGGAGUCGAUGGGCCUCCUCAACACAGAGAAUCAUCUCUGCGACAUACCAUUUCGCAACAUCCUCGCGCAAGAUGCAUUGUCGCAAAAGUAAGCUAAGGAAAUCUCCGCCUAACAUAUAAUCCAUGAUAAGAUAAAGAUAACUGUUAUCUUGGAAGCUUGCAAUUAAGGGCACAAUCCAUCGAGACUUUGCAGAUGCAACAAGAAAGUCUCUCUCCGCUCGUAAAUGACCCUCCUGGCAAUUCCGGAUCAUGGCUGAUUUCCGAAUGACUUUCAUAGCAAAGACAUCUUUCUUCACCCCGGCCAUGAUUCUGCGGCGAUUAGACUCCCCUGAACCGGUCGUUACCUCGCCCUGGCGGCUAGAUACUCCAUCCUCUGCAGUACCACCUCUGUUUCCUUCGUCUGUCACUCUUUCUUUCACAAGACGCACGACACCAAAGCUUCCUCUUCCCAGGACUUUAAUGACUUCAAACCCAGCUAUGGAAACAGUUUUGUCAUUUCGAACACUGUGAGAACGAGUCUUGAGCACUCGACAUUGGCGGAGAUAUUCCCGUUCUUGGAGGAUCCAUUGCUUCCGUAUCCUGAUCUUCUCUUCAGUUGUGAUCGGUGACGAACAUAUAUACUCUUCAAGUUCCCGUUGACGCUGCAAGCGAGGAUCAAUACCCGAAUAGACUGUACUAAAAUACGUUUCGAAGAAUAUCUUUGCAUUGGCGGUUGCUUCAACGGUGACAAUGGACGGCGAUGUGCCGGGGACCGGUUGCAUGGUAGCCACUUGAGCAAUUGGCUCUCGACUCGAGGACUCUAAACUCGGUCUAACAUUGACCGCGCAGGCCGAAGCUUGCUUCGAUUCAUCUGGUGAAGAAGUUGGCUCUUCGGAGGUCGGAGGCGUUGAUUGAGUGCCUGGGGGAGAGGCACUACUACUGGGAGGUGUUGAAGGGUUUGAGCUAUUGUGAUCACUCUCAGAAUCCUUUUCCGGGGGUGGGCUUGUAGGAAUCGCAAACUGCACUGCACGAAUAUUCGGUCUUGAGCGCAGAUGAGCCCGACGGAUGACAGUCGGGUUCCCAAAAGUACUGGAUAGUUUCCGUGAGAAAAGGUGCGUGAAUGCUUCUGGAGUUGAUUGACUGCGUCUCAUGCCCCCUGGGCCAUCGGUUUGGUAAGCAGAAUACUGAACCUCUGUCUGUUGUCGAUCUUUUACCCCUGGCACCUGUAAAGCCUCUUGACAAUUGGAAUCUGGAUCAGGGCUGGGACUAUCUGUACUAAAAGCCAUCGGGUAGGCAUGAUUACUUGGGGAUUCCAUGCUGGAUAUAUGAGUUGCAGGAUCGGUUUCUGCUGGUAACGAAAGACCGGAUCGCAGAGUGUCGGUACGACUCUCUAGUUUCGAGCAACGCGCAGAGUC